CCCCCAUUUUUCCUUUCAUCUCAACCGGUCCAGAACUCUCUGCUGUUACAAUCCCAAGCUUUUAGUGCAGAUGUUAGUUUUAGUGGCAGGAUAAAUAAUUUACUGCCAAGUUAUUUUCUGUCCUCUGCAGUGCAGACAUGAUUUCCUGAUAGGGUUCUUUUACGUGACGCGUCCACCAAGUAGGAGGGAGAGGAAAUCUGUAUUAACUCAUCCACCAACUACUUUAAAAUCAGUCCACACCUGGCUCUGCUUAAACUGAGUGACACACAGCUACUGCUUCACCUGCUCAUAUCACCGUCAACCAUCAACCUUGAUCAUGAGCAGUAUCGUCCAGAACCCGUACAUCGGCCGGACACCAAACACACGGAUGCCCAGGCCAGGAGGCAGCGGAGCGUUGCCUCCUGGGAGUCGAAGCAGCAGCGUCAGCAGUGGAGGUGGCAUGUCCGCAGGCAAGUUACUGUCUCUGGCAUCCAUGAGCGAGAGUGUGCACAGCGGUCUGAGCUUUUUCUUGUCUGAGCAAACACUGGAGCAGGAGGAGAGGCAGCAGCGCAGUCACCACUUGGCAGAGUUUCAGCGGCUGAAGGAGGUGCGUGCAGCUGCUCAGCUCAAGAACCUGGAGGAUUUCCUCAAAAUGAACCAUGUGUCACUCAGGGACAGUACGUCUUAUUCUACAGGCAUGAUUUACAGAAAUCUGGGUAAAUCUGGACUGAGGGUGUCCUGUCUUGGAUUAGGCACGUGGGUCACCUUUGGAGGACAGAUAACAAAUGAGGUGGCAGAGGAACUGACGACUUUGGCAUAUGAGAAUGGAAUCAACCUGUUUGACACUGCUGAAGUUUACAGUGCAGGAAAGGCUGAAGUCGUCUUGGGGAGCGUCAUCAAGAAGAAAGGAUGGAGCCGUUCCAGUUUAGUCAUCACCACCAAAAUCUUCUGGGGUGGGAAAGCAGAAACAGAAAGAGGAUUGUCCAGAAAACAUAUUAUUGAAGGUCUGAGAGCGUCACUGCAGAGACUUCAGCUGGACUACGUAGACGUGGUGUUCGCUAAUCGACCGGAUCCUAACACACCUAUAGAAGAGACGGUGAGGGCCAUGACCCAUGUGAUCAACCACGGAAUGGCCCUUUACUGGGGUACAUCACGUUGGAACUCCAUGGAGAUCAUGGAGGCGUAUUCUGUGGCGCGACAGUUUAACCAGAUCCCGCCCGUCUGCGAACAGGCAGAGUAUCACAUGUUCCAGAGGGAGAAAGUUGAAGUGCAGCUUCCCGAACUCUUCCAUAAGAUAGGCAUUGGAGCUAUGACAUGGUCUCCACUGGCCUGUGGGAUCAUCUCAGGGAAAUAUAACAACGGAAUUCCCUCCUCGUCACGUGCCUCACUGAAGGGUUAUCAGUGGAUGAAGGACAAGAUCCUGAGUGAGGAGGGACACCGUCAGCAGGUCAAACUCAAAGAGUUGCAUGCGGUCGCAGAGCAACUGGGCUGCACUCUGCCCCAGCUGGCCAUCGCCUGGUGUCUGAGGAACGAGGGAGUGAACGCCGUCCUCAUAGGAGCUUCUACUGCUGACCAGCUGAGGGAGAAUAUUCAAGCAAUACAGGUUCUGCCAAAAUUAUCACUGUCCCUCGUAUCUGAGAUCGACAACAUCCUGGGAAACAAGUCCUACAGUAAGAAGGACUUCAGAUUGUAGAAGCAGCACAAAUGAACUGUGAUGAACAACCAGUGGAUUAUCUGGACUCUGCUUUCAAAAGGUCAAAAUGGUCCAUGACAUUUCACCUAAUUGAUGCACUGUCACUUAAAUUGUGUAUUAUGAUUAUUUGUUUUUUGGAUUUACACGUGUUAGAUGAUUUAGUGUCUUAUUUAGAGCUAGAGGGUGAAAUUAAACACCACAGGGCAGGUUUGCACAGGUGCAAAAUGCCCAGGUAUCCCCUUUUAUUUUAGAACGAAAGAGGCUUGUUUCUGUAGAGGAGGUGCAGAACUGCAGUCCUCUCUGCAAUCACUUGAUUUAUAUUGUACUAAAAGAUUAUUUUGAUCAUCCUGCCCUCCACAGCUUUUAUGAGUAAACUGACUAAUUUCAAAGUCUACCUCUUUAAAAGGAAAAAAAACCCUCUCAGUCAGCAAGUAAACAGGACUUGGCAGCAUAUUGUUUGAAGUUUGAUAAUCAUGCUGAGGCCGUGGUUAGUCAAAGCUCAGUUUAAUCACUGACAAAUUAUCCGACGACAGAGGAUCCAUGGACAAUAGAUCAAGAGACAGCACAGUUUACUUUUAUUGGUAAACAGGUCAACCUGGACUAACCACCAUAUCUUUUUAUCGUUCUCCUUGAGUGCGCGUGUUGAAAGCAAUAGAGAAUGGUUAACACCGUUUACUCUGCAAUGAUAUUUCAUGGCACAAAUAAAACUAGUUUGCCACAUA